GCUGAAUUCAGACAAGAUGAAGUUCGUCGUUCUUGCCACUUUGCUUACCUAUUCCUGGGCUGCCCAAGCUGCCCCCCAUCCACCGAUUUUGCCUCGUCUGCCAAUAAAAGACAUCGUGAGCGGUCAUCAACUGAAGUUGUCCGAAAAGAUCAUCGGGGGAGUGGAGGUUGUUCCUAAUUCGCUACCUUUUCAGGUCUCGAUACAGAGAGGAAGCGCCGGCGUUUAUACGCAAUCAUGCGGUGGGUCCAUUCUAAACGAAACCACAGUUCUCACCGCCGCUCACUGCGUGGAUGGAGCCAUCGUAAGAGCCCUACGAGUUGUGGCCGGCGAGCACAGUUUGAACAAUGUAAGCGGCCUGGAACAAAACAGGGAUGUUGCCUUCUAUUCGAUGCAUCCUCGCUACACGCCUAGUACAUGGGAAGACGAUAUCGCUCUCAUUGUGUUGACAGAACCAUUUGACCUGAGCGUACCUUCUGCCAAGACAAUUAACCUACCACCGCCUACUUCCGAAUACGAUGCUCCUGCGGGAACCGUCUUCACUGUUUCCGGAUGGGGAACCACAAGAUACAGUGGCAUUUUGGUCUCUGACGUUCUCCUGAGUGUAGAUGUCCCGGUAGUUGCUGAUGUGGACUGCGACAUUUAUUAUGGAGGAACUAACGAAAAGCCAAAAGUUUAUUCGUCCAUGCUUUGCGCUGGAAACACCACCGACGGUGGCAUCGAUGCAUGCCAAGGUGACUCUGGAGGUCCGUUGUUCUCGGGCAGUGGUGAAACAGCUGUCCAGCACGGCAUCGUUUCAUGGGGAAAGAGUUGCGCUGAACCACAGUGGCCGGGCGUGUACACCCAGGUCUCGUACUUUGUCGAAUGGAUCGCCCUUGCCAUCCAAGAUGAAGUGCUUACUUUUAGCCACUCUGUUAGUCUAUGCUUGGGGUAUGUUAAAUUACUACCGUCGUUACUAGAAAAAUCCGCCCCUCAGCAGCGCGCGGUUUUGCCCCGCUUGCCCUUAAACAUCAUUUUAAAUAAGCGGUUCCAAAAUGCAAUCUCGUCCGAUAGGAUUCUCAGCGGAAGUGAGGUUGUCCCGAACUCGUUGCCCUUCCAGGUCUCGCUGCAACGACGAGGACUGAAUGGUGCCUAUGUGCAAGUAGGUGGUGGAUCCAUCCUCGACGAUUCUACUAUUCUGCAUGCUGCUCACGGUGUUGUCGGAAUAAUGAGCUUGGUUGAAUACCGCAUUGUCGCUGGCGAGCAUAGUCUGUCCGUUGAUAGCGGUCUCGAACAAAUCCGUGCGGUUUCAUCCAUUGUCACACAUCCAAAUUUCGAUGACAUCACCUAUGAGGAUGACAUUUCUCUUAUUUUCCUAACAGAGCCGCUGGACCUGAGCGUUCCCUCUGCCAAACCGAUCGCUUUGCCAGGCCCAACGGCCGAGUUUGACCCUCCUGCUGGAUUUCGAGUCAACGUUUCUGGAUGGGGAACCACAACCUCGGACGGAGAUAUUUCAGACGUCCUCCGCAGCGUGGAAGUUCCUGUUAUCCCCGAUUUUGAUUGUGAUGCCGCAUAUGGAGGUGACGGUAUAUACAUAGCCGUUUUUCCGUCCAUGGUGUGCGCCGGAGAUACCGUCACGAGUCGCAUUCCGUAUUGCCAAGGAGAUUCUGGAGGGCCACUCUUCACCGGAACCGGUGAGACGGCUGUCCAACACGGAAUCGUUUCAUGGGGACAGUCUUGUACUUACUCACAAUUCCCUGGUGUGUACACCCAAGUGUCAUACUACCUGGACUGGAUCGCCGCUAACAGACGCUAAAGAAUAGAGAGCUUUUCAAUUUAAAAUCUCUUCUGAAUACAAUGUCUUAUGAAUAA